CGUUUGUUGGGUCAACUCCUCAUUAUUUCAUGUUCUUACAUUGUUAGAUGACAGUAUUCCAUGUUUUGCUCUCUAUUAUUGUUCCACAUAAAUAAGACAGAAUUACUGCACGUGGGUUGCAACUUGCACAGAAGCCGACAACAGCAUGUCAUACAGAGGAACGUUUGAAAAAGGAAGAUGGUUCGGUGGUUUCACAGAGAUAUCUCAGGUAUAGAGGCAGAGAACGUUUUGAAGUCCCGAGGUGUCCAUGGCAGCUUCCUUUGCCGACCCAGCAAGAAGAAUGUGGGCGACUUCUCCCUUUCUGUUAGAGUCGGGGAUAUGAUCACCCACAUCAGGAUUCAGAACACCGGCGAUUACUAUGACCUGUAUGGUGGGGAGAAGUUUGCUACUUUGGCUGAACUGGUGGAAUACUACACUGCAGACCAUGGCGUUCUACAGGAUAGAGAUGGGACAAUGAUUGAACUCAAAUACCCUUUAAACUGCUCUGAUCCCACUAUUGAGAGAUGGUACCACGGUCACCUGUCAGGUCCAAACGCUGAGAAACUGCUCCGCGAGCGCAAUGAGUCUGGAACGUUCCUGGUGAGGGAGUCGCUCUCCAAACCAGGAGACUUUGUGCUGUCUGCAAUGACCGAUGAUCAGACCAGUAAUGGCAGAAGGGUCUCGCAUAUCAAGAUCAUGUGCAAUAGUGACCGCUACACAGUUGGUGGUAAAGAGAUUUUUGACUCUUUGACAGACCUUGUCGAGCAUUUUAAACGUAGUGGCAUUGAGGAGUUAUCUGGCACCAUGGUUUACCUUAAACAGCCUUAUUACUCCACAAGGUUAAAUGCGGCUGACAUUGAGAGCAGAGUAAAGCAGCUCGACUUGACUUCAGAGAAAGAGAAAGCGGAUGGGGCUGAUAAAAAGUUAAAAGGCGGAUUCUGGGAAGAGUUUGAUAGGCUACAGAAGCUCGAAACUAAGGUAACAAAGAGCAGAGAUGAAGGGAUGAGACCAGAAAACAAAAGCAAAAACAGAUACAAGAACAUCCUUCCCUUUGAUGAAACCCGGGUUAUCAUGGAGAAUGCAGAUCCUAAUGUUGUCGGCUCUGAUUACAUUAAUGCCAACUAUGUUACAAACAAAUUAAUGGAUAUUGAUCACCAGAAAGUUUACAUUGCGUGUCAAGGCUGCCUCGCGACCACCGUAAAAGAUUUCUGGCAAAUGGCAUGGCAAGAAAAGUCACGAGUAAUCGUCAUGACAACAAGGGAGGUUGAAAAAGGAAGGAAUAAAUGUGUGCCAUACUGGCCUACGACUCAAGGAGAGACCAUGGAAGCAGGCAGAUACUUGGUGACGUUACUAUCUGAGAAGGAUGCUGCCGAUUACAAGGUCCGAGUGAUCGAACUCUCAGCUCCUCAUCGGAAAGAGCCAGCUAGGACCAUUUGGCACUACCAAUAUUUAAGUUGGCCAGAUCAUGGCGUGCCCCAGGAACCUGGUGGGGUUCUUAGCUUUCUGGAGCAGGUCAACAUCAGACAAAAUGAAUUUUCCUCAUAUGGACCAAUGAUAAUUCACUGCAGUGCUGGUAUCGGACGAACAGGAACCAUUGUGGUGAUCGACAUGCUUGUAGAUGUAAUUGAUGCUAAAGGUCUGGACUGUGACAUUGACAUCCAGAAGUGUAUUCAGAUGGUAAGGGAGCAGCGGUCCGGCAUGGUGCAAACUGAGGCUCAGUACAAGUUCAUAUACAUGGCGGUGCUUCAGUAUAUAGACUCGACCAAGGUCACACGUAAAGCCGUCAUGGAAACAGAAACUGAAUACGGAAACCUCUCAAUUCAACCCAAACACCAAAAAGCCAGUCGCAAAGCCUCUGCAAAAAAAAAUGAAGAUCCUUAUGAGGGAGCCAAGGGAAAGAAAGACGUCAAAAAACAGAACUCCGAGGAUAAAAAGAGCGGCUCUGUGAGGAAACGAUAAGAUUUAAAUGUUGCUUUUUGGUUGUACAGCUUUCUUAAAAAUAAAUAUUCAGCUGUUCUGCAGACAUUCUGUUUAAAAGCAUACUGAGCCAGAGGUUAUAAAAAAGAAAGACAACAGUUUUGCAAAACUGUUAUUUGUCUUCGUUCAUUUUUAUUAUUUGGUAAAAAUAUUUUUAAGUAAAGUUUUAUCUGGCGUAAACCGAUCGAUCAUGUGUUUUCUGUAACAUGUCGUUCUUGGUUUUAAUAAACUCUCAUCCCUGCUGCCCAUUGCAUUUAUCUACUGUAAAAAGAUAAGACGUGUAGCCUUUCUUCCGGGAAGAUAUUAUUCCAACAGGAAGGUUGAUGUCCCGGAGAGAUGAUAAAGACAGACCCUGGAUUGAUGCCAGCUGAGAGGCAGGUGCCUCAUUCAUAUUCUGUACAUCAGAGAGCUGCACACAUAUGGGUCAAAGAUGGCUCUUGAUCACUGAACCCCACACUGCGCUGACCCCAUUUAACACUGAGGCCCAGCAGGGAAAAAACAUUAGAUGAAAUAAAUGACCUUUACAGAGUGCCACACAAACAACAGCAUGUCAGAGAAAAAGAGCGUGAGAGAGAACUUGGUUUAAUUUUGAGUACAUUGGAAAACGAUGUGGUUUUUAACAUUGCUGCUUUUUUAAGUGUUUAAAGGGUUUUCCAAAGCAAUAAAAAAAACUAUACAGGGUGUGUCUGGGGUCUUAUUCCAGUAUUCCAGUCAGUGGUGUUCAAUUGGUUUCCAUUUGCCAGAUAACUAACAUCUUAUCAACACAAUACCAUGUGGAGAGACACAGAGAC